AAGAAAUUAAAGUUUAUCUCCAUAUUAUACUUAACUUUGUAAAUUAGAAAAUUUAAUAUCGUUAAAAACUUUCAAUGAGAGAUUGAAUAUGGUAAAUUCUCUACUUGCAAUACUACUUGUCAUUAAUAGCAGUAGAGGAAGCCAUUUCGUUUUUCAUUACCCGAAAGUUCCUCAACGACGUGAUGAAAUUGAACAAGUCAGAAGAGAAAGUGACCUAGAUGAAGAAUUUGGAGACGACUUGCUUGAAAAUGAUGUAAUAACGUGGCCAUAUGGUCCAACCGAAGACUUUGAUAAUCGGUCAUUUCGUUCAAGACUUGAAGAAGAUAAUGAAGAGUAUGAUUUUAAUUCAAAAAAGCAGGCUAAUAAUAAUACUGGAAAUGAUGAGAUUGAACGUAAUGAAAUGAAUCAAUUAUUUGGGUUCGAAACUAGAUUAUUAGCAGACAUAUUUUGUCCUAGACAUAAAGGCCUGGCAAAAUUUCAGCUUUCAAUCGAUGAUUUGACUUUUGUUGGUCAACCAGUUUUUCUUAAAACUGCUGAUACCAAUAAGAGAGGAACUUAUAGUGGAGACAGGGAUUUAAGAAAAAAAAUUGAUGAUAAUGAUAAUAGCACAGAUUUGGAUAAUAAUGAAGAAUUACAAGAGCAGUUAUCUGACGCUCAAAACGAAGAACAAAUACCUCCGAGCGUUGCAUCUGACAUCACUUCUUCAACCCAUUCUAUGCAACAGCAUCUACAUGUAACAUUCUUUCAUCUUGUGUUUGUUCUUGAACCACCUGAACUGGAGUUAUGUAGACAAGUAGAUGAUAUUUACAAUAAUAUUAUUACAAAACUAACAGCAGCACUUCGGUAUGAGCAAUUACGUUGUGAUUAUGUCGGGAAAGAAACAGAAUUAAUAUUGUCUUUAAGAGAAAAUUCUGGUACAUCUAACUUGGAUGAAUUAAUGGAAAUUACAUUGGAGAAAAGUUCAUUAGCGCGAACAAUUCGAAAAGUAUAUGAUGCAAUUUCAAAUGAUUGUGUUGCACAUAUACUUAUAAAUGAUUAUAUUGAUUUAUCUUUACAAAUUCCUCCACUCGUCCCAACUAUUAAUACUCACGAUAAUGAUAUAAUCGGACAUGAGUAUGCUCAUUAUCCUGUUAUUGCACCAUAUCAUACUUUGCUGCUUCUUGAAGAUCCAGAAGAAAUCUUAAAAAAUAUGCCAUUAGAUGCUAAUCCAACGUUGGUUCAAUUGGUACAAAUUUUGACCCCCACACAACGAUUGGCCGAUUUAUGUACUGUGUUGGAUUGCUCUUUGGCACAGAUAUUCCGACUUGCAGCACACUUGAUAUAUUGGCGAAAGGCCAAGAUAAUUGAUGUAAUCGGUGUUCGAAACCUCUAUGUCGUUUCUCCUACUGCCGAUAUGAACUCAUUGCCAACUUACAUUGAAUAUUUCAAGCAACACUUUCCUGCAUUGGACCUUGUGAAAAUUCUCGAUUCAUUCUCUGUUCCUAAGCCCCAGGUAAAUUCCAUUAAAGAACAUCGUACAAUGUACCUCGAAGCAAUAACCUACUUGUUAAGAAAUGACCUGGUUGUACAAUUACACGCAUAUAUUUUGGUUAUGGUACCGCGAUAUAUAAAAAUGGGAUUUACUCAGGCAGAAUAUGAGGAAAAAUUGAGAAAUUCUGGGGAUAGCGAAUUUAAUUCGAGUUAUGAUACCGCUAUAAUUUCCCCAGUAGAAAAGGCAUCAGAUAGUGAAAGAGACUGGUUAAAUAAUUUUGUAGCGAAUCACCCCAAAGAGACUGUCUCACUUUUCGAAAGAUUAAUUAAAUAUUUCAAUGGAAAACAUCACGUUGAUGAAAUUCUCUUCCGAGAAUCGUUAAAGCCAAGAGAUUUAAGCAAAAUAAUAACUUUAUUUAGCAAGGAUCAGUAUAUUAUUGUAUUGUGUUAAAGAGCUAAAUCUUUACCUUAAUAUUUAUUGUUCUCUGAUAAUGUAAUAUUUAAUUUAUUUAAUUAAAAAUAAUAUUAAACCCUUAAUUCAUUUUUCGUGUCGCGU